AUGCGCCCAGGGUCCCCCAUACUCUCCCCUGACCCUUUCCCCCAGGGUCAGUCCCCAGGGUCCCCCAUAUUCUCCUCUGACCCUGUCCCCCAGGGGUCCCCCAUAUUCCCCUCUGACCCUCUCCCCCAGGGGUCAGUCCAAUAUGACCCCAGGGUCAGACCGACCCUACUCCAUUUUUUCUCUCUCUAUAACCCUAACCCUAACGAUGAACGGACGACGGACGAUGGGACGGACGAUGGCGGACGACGGACGACGGACGAUGGGACGGACUAA